AUGGAUUGGAGCACACUGCAGACCAUUCUAGGGGGUGUCAACAAGCACUCUACCAGCAUUGGGAAAAUCUGGCUCACUGUCCUCUUCAUUUUUCGCAUUAUGAUCCUUGUUGUAGCCGCAAAGGAAGUGUGGGGAGAUGAGCAAGCUGAUUUUGUCUGCAACACUCUACAGCCAGGGUGCAAGAAUGUGUGCUACGAUCACUAUUUCCCUAUCUCUCACAUCCGACUCUGGGCUCUCCAGCUGAUCUUUGUGUCCACGCCGGCUCUCUUGGUAGCCAUGCAUGUUGCAUACCGGAGACACGAGAAGAAAAGAAAGUUCAUUAAGGGAGAGAUAAAGAAUGAAUUUAAGGACAUUGAAGAGAUCAAAAGCCAGAAGGUCCGUAUCGAAGGGUCCCUGUGGUGGACCUACACCAGCAGCAUCUUCUUCCGGGUCAUCUUUGAGGCCGUCUUCAUGUACGUCUUCUAUAUCAUGUAUGAUGGGUUCUCCAUGCAGCGCUUGGUGAAAUGCAAUGCAUGGCCUUGUCCCAACACAGUCGACUGCUUUGUCUCCAGACCCACGGAAAAGACUGUCUUUACGGUUUUCAUGAUCGCUGUGUCUGGAAUUUGCAUCCUGCUAAAUGUCACUGAAUUGUGUUAUUUGCUAAUUAGAUAUUGUUCUGGAAAGUCCAAAAAACCAGUUUAACACAUUGCCCCGCCAGUGGAUAAGAGAUAGGCUGGAAAGGAUGAGGCACAGGCACUCUCCUGUCAGGCGCAGUCACCAGCAUUUCCCAAGACACAGAUUCCUAUCUUAAAUGCAACCAUUUGACACUGCUCUGGAUCUCAGUGAAACUCCAGAUGCCUCCAACACAGCUCCUCUCUCCUAAAGCUUGAAAACAAAGGCAUAAUUCUGUGCCUAUACUGAUUUUUACUAAAAUUAGUUACAGUGAAACCCCGUGCCGGUCUGGUCGGGGUUGUGGGUGGAGGCUGUCUCAUAUUUUAAACAAAGGACAUCAGCGUUUCUUUCUCUUUCUUUGGGGAAAGGAGAGAAAUGCCGGGUUCUAAAGAGGAUGCUGAGAAGCUCUGUUUGAUCCCCCCCAGGGAUCCCUUUGGCCUUUUCUCUGAAUUAAAGGUGAACCUAGAGAUUCUUGGUUCUUCUAUUCCCUUGGGGAGUUUUCGUCUGUAACAAUGAGGGGUAUCUAACACUUCAAACUCGGUCAUGCUUUUUUGAGUGAAAACUUUAAAAUGGGAUAGAUGUUCUUUUGAUCUGCAGGAUGUUCUGGAAAACAUGAUAUGUUCACCCGAUUUCAAAGGCUCAGAUUCUGAUUCUAAACAGUGUGCAAUUAGAUACUAUCGUUGAAUUUAAAACACAGCCUUUCAAUUAUGAGUACUUUGCAGCGCCACGGUGAGGCUGUUGACUGUGUUAAUUGUGGUAUGUAGCACAGAAAAGCAUUUCAGCCUCUCACAUGUGAAAAAUCUAGAAGUUCUUAGUGGUGGCUUGUAUUAGUGAAGGGCCUUAUUUCAAAAAUUUAGGUGUGAUUUUGCAUGAGAAAUACAGACUGGAUGGACCACCAGCUACUACUAACUAAAGGCUGGCUCAACACACCUUCUUUACAAUGUUUGCCUUUUCCGUUACUGCAGUAAAUAGUAGGAACACAGAUUUAAAGAGGUUGCUUGGGAAUAUUCUAUUGCCACAGUACAAUUUAAUGGUGCAGAACAAAAUGGGGGGAGUGAUAGUUACUGUUUUUAAAGAAUAGAUGGAAAAAAGUUUUUAAAGAAUUUAGAUGGAGUCUAAAUUCUAAUGAUUAAAAAUGAGUUUCAUCUACUUUAAAAGUUUGCUUCUGUCUUUAGCAGCCAAUUUUCUUAAGUGAAAAGAGAAUUGAUAGACAUUUGUUUUUAAAUAGAAACUAGAGUUUAGGUAAAUAUUUAGGUGUUCUAUAGGACAAAUUGAACCCUAAUAUUAUCAUUGUACUUGACAUUGUUUCCAAAAAAUGGUACUCAACAUUCUUUAAUGAGGGUAAACGUUUUUCAUUUGCCAAGAAUAGCUUUGUAAAAACAUUUUGUAAUAAUAAAUCGUAGCUUUAAUUACAUGCUUGUAACUAGUUUUGUAAUGUCUCAAAUGUCAUUUUAAAUAUUAAAAUAUAAUUCAUAAAGUA